UUGACAGAUGACAAGAGAUUGAUCUAAAAUUUUGUAGUAUUUUUCUAAAUGCUAUAAAAUAGUAUAUUUUUAUAUAAAUAUAAAGUUGAAGUACUAUAAGAUGUUGAAAUUCGGAGGGUUAGUAGCUUUGAGGUUAGGAUCUCGAUCGUCUAUAAGGAACUAUGCUGGCCCUGGCGCUACCAUGUUUAAAUCAGAUAAAACGGAUACUCCCAAAGAUAUGUCAGACAAGGAUAAUGUCUAUGAAACCCCCGACAAAACUAAAGGUCUCGUUGCGGCAGCUUUUGCCACUCUAAAUACACCUGAAAGUGAAAUAAGGAAGCCAAGCCCAAAAUCUAUUAAGAUCAGUCGAACACAGCAGCUAGACAAUCAAAUACUUAAAGCAACUGACGUAAAUAUGUUACUAGUAGUUGCCGAGAAUCCUGUUAUCUCUAGACGUCAUGCUUUGAAGAUGGUAUCAGUCCUCUCUGAAUGGUCUAGUAGCAAUAAAGUGAAGUUAUCAGACUUUGAAAAGGACCCACGCUUUCUCAAAUUAUGUCGCAUACUGGCCAGGACACCAGCAACUCAGGCCAUGGCUUCUUUGACUAUGGCUGAAGACUUGAGCACAGUUCUGGGUAUCACAGGGGAUGAUGAGGCUGCUAGACUUAUUGCUAAUCUAUCUUUGCCACAGAUGAUUAAGGUAAUGAAAGCUCUACAACAAAAAGGCAGACGAAGCACACCUCUGCUUCGAGCCCUCUCUUACAAUAUAACAAAGCAACCAGAAAAUAUUGAUUUGAAAAAAUCAGCUGACUUAUUGUUCUCAAUGGCCGCGUUAAACUUCCCUGAUCCUGUACUUUUGGAUAGAAUUUGCGGCGAUGUAAUAACCAACCUCCCAACAAACAAAGACAAGCCAGCUGUAGUGAACUCCAUUGUAGUAUCCCUGGGACUCCUAAAGUACCGUCACGAGGAAGCCUUGGCCGCUAUAACGGAGUGGAUGCAGGCCAAUAAAGCGGUUUGCAGACCUGGUGAUAUAGCAUCCACUAUGAUAACCUUGGCUACAUUGGACUAUCUGCCACCCAACUCGGAGGGAUUUUUUGAGACAGCGCUGCAACUGAAGGAGGAAGAGAUGACCAAGGCGCUAUCGUGGUUGGACCUGGUGUUCUCUCUGCUGAUACUGAACAAGGCUGAGCUGCAUCACCUCGUGUCCACGCUGAAGCCGGAGUUCAUUGAUCAAUUGCUGUCCGUUGGAGAAAUCCCAAUCCCAUCGCGCCGCAAGCUGAUGGCGAUAGACGCGUACGUGUGUCUGUCCCAGCCGAGCUCCGCACAGCGGCUGGCCGAGGACAUAGCGGUGGGCGUGCCGCUCGCGCACACCAAGGAGAAGGCGCUCUAUGUGAACAGCAUCAUGGACACCUUCAAGAGCUUGGUCUCCGCUGAUACAUUUCUGAAGAAGGACUGCAAUUCGGGCAUGGGCUUCUUGUACGAUGCGGAAUUCGCCGUCGACUCGAAGUGUCAUCCGAUACCGUUGAAUAAAGCCGAAAAUAACAAAAACGCUCACAGGAUAGCAGUGCUGGCGUUGGACUAUCACGACAUGACUCGCAGAGAGUGCGCGCCGCUUGGCGUGUUCCGACUCUAUACGAAACUUCUGGAACUUAAAGGAUUCAAAGUACUGCACGUGCCGUACACGGAGUACAAUCCGAAAGAUAAGCUCUUAACACGCGUACAGUACAUCGAGAAACGGCUGAAGGAAAUCGUUGGGUUAUAGAACUUGUGCUUGUGUAGAUAGAUAUUAUGUUGUGACAAUGCGUGUGUAUGUGACGUCAUUGCGGUUUAUAUGUGAAUCGUUUUGUAUUGAGUUGUUUUUUUGAUGGUGAAUUUGAAUGAGUUGUGAUAUACAGUAUGCUCCCUUUUUUUUUUCGAUGGACAAUGCGCGUAGAUAAGCGAUGGGAGCUGUACACUUCACAAUUUUUAUUUUUCAUGGAGGUUUUAUUGUGAGAAAAUAAAAAAAAAUGUUCAAGAAUGAAAAAGGAACACGCUGUAUAUGAAAUUGGAACUUGUGAAGAAACAAGUUGAUAGGACUUUCAUGACACAUCUGUAGUCUCUGAUGAUUCGUGCAAAGUUGAACAUGUCCACCCAUCGCUCCUACCUGAAGAUUUAAUUGCAGUGACUUGUUGCCCUGCCUUUUUCUCUAUAGUAAAUGCGUUCGAUUGCGGAAAAAUAUUGCAAAACUAUACAAUAAUAAUAUAUGUAAAUAUAUAUAUAUGUAAUAACAAUGUAAUGAAAAGCAUAUAUAGUGAGGGUAUUUGCUAAAAUAACCAAUCAGAAAAGAACAUCAGACCUUACUAUCGUAACGACCGUCUACUGAAUAAUCUGGUUUUUCGUAUAGAAAUAUCGAAAUAAUUAUAUACAUCUUCUUAUUUUACAUAAAUAUAUAGUUUAAAAAAUUUAACAUUUCACAAUGUAUUUGAAAUGCGAUUUUUAUUAUUUAGCAAUGUUUGUGACAAUGGUUAAGUAAAUCGUGUUUAAAUCCAUU